AUGGCUGACCGAUUCCCCUCGUUGGAAGACUUCUCCGCCGGCCAAACUGAGGUCGCCGACACCAAUGGAGCUGCCGACGAGAGCGAUUUCCUGGCCCGUGAGCGCGCUGUCCUCGGCGAUGAUGCCGACCAGUUUGCUACCGCCCAAGACCACGUCGCUACCUCCGAGAAUGUAGAUACUGGGGACGAUUUACUGGGCGGUGCGGAGGAUGCUCCGGCCGCCGUUUCUCACGAGGAAAUGUCCGGAUUCGAGUCGUCUUUCCCCGCUAUCGAAACGCAGAAUGAGCAAGUUGCGCCCGGCGGAACAAUCACCGGUACCGGUGCUCCUUUCCCUCCAACUGGUUAUCCCAGCUACAAAGAACCCGAAGAAGAGCCUGAGCCUGUUAGGGAAUGGCGUGAGAGACGGGAUGCAGACAUCAGCCGCCGUGCGGAGAUCUCGGAGGAGAAAAAACAAUCGACUGUGAAGAAGGCCCGCGAAGACAUCGACGACUUCUACGUUUCCUACAACAAUAAGACCGACAAGCUUCGCGCUCAGACCCGUGCCGAAGCCGAACAGUUCCUGGCCAACCGUGAAGACACAUCUUCUGGUGGGGCGGUGCCAGCGGUUCUGGCAAAGAACGGUUCCGCGAGUUGCUGCUCGAUCUGA